GUAGCCCCUGGAACCCCAUCAGCGGCCAUGAUCAUGGAAGGGCUUGAAACCCUUGUGGCGCCAUCGCAUCACGCAUUCCUACUAACCGAAUCCGCCGCCGCCGCACACUUCAAUGUGCUGAGCUUCGAUACGUGUCUCUUUAAGACCACCGCACAGACUAGUCCCUCGACCGCGGCCACAUCAGCGGCCACCUAUCUCAGCACCCCAUCCCAUACAUUUGGCGGUGGCCAUUUGGGCGCCGCCCAAACGCUACUCCACUACAAUCUCUCGACGGCGAAUAACAAUCAUCAGACGGCCAUCGCGUGCGGCAGCAGCAGCAGCAGCAGCGCGUGCAAUACACCGACCAACAAUAAUAUAGCUACCGCCGCGACAGCAGGCACAAAUUCAGCACUGAGCGCUGCUAUUUCGCGCACAAAUUUCACGCGUAUCGGUGUUGCUAACAACAAUAAUAACAACAACAACAACAGCAGCAGCAAUAGCAACAGCAGCAAUAACAGCUGUAAUACAGUAGCGACCGCAGUGCAGCAAGCGAACGCAGCGCUAACAUCACCUACCCUCGCGGCAGGCGCCGUCACAGCAGUCAACAAUACAAAUAAUAACAGUAAUAAUAGUGGACGCAAUUCUGCUACACAUUUGAGUCUGCUCAAUACCGCACAACACAGUCCGAGCAGUCACGCGGCAGCCAGUUUAGGUGGCGUCGUCGCCACUCCCAACGGCGUAGAUAUCGCGAGCGGCGUGGUUAAGCAGUCGCAGCAGUCAUUGCCGUCGGACGCGCAGUGCGGUGAUACGCAGACGGGCGAUCUGAAUACGCCCGUCACCACAUCCAACGAUAUUCCAUCAUUCUUCGGACCAUCAACCAUUGUUGAGCCGCCACCCAUUACAGGUUCCAUCGAAUCCGAGGAUUUGUCCCUCGAACCCCAGCCCACGACCAGUCCGGUGCUGUGCAGUCCAUUGAAGGAGGAGCGCAGCACGCCGCCAGCUUUGGCAAUUGUCAAGGAAGAAACAAGUAAUAAUAGUUGUACCAUGUACCCUACACAUCUAAGUCAGAAUCAGACAACAACAACUACAACAUCAGCAACAAGCACGACAUUAUGUAAUAAUAACGCCAAUACAAGUACACAAAACAAUACACAACAACAACAACAGCAACACCAUCAAAGCCAACAUCACCAUCAACAGACACAUCACACACAACACCACCAACAACAUGCCGGCCAACACUCACCCCACCACCAUCACCCGUAUCAGCAUCAGCAGCAGCAACAUCACUUACAACAACAACAAAACCAAAUAACACACCACAAUACCUUACAUCAACAACACUUGCAACACAAUAGUCAUCAUGCACACCACCAGCAACAGCAACAACAACAACACCACACACAUUAUCAGCAUACGGCGCAUAGCCUUCAUCAACCACACGCCCAUCAACACCACCAUCACCAACAACAUCAACAACAACAACAGCAUGCGCAACAACACCAACAACAGCAGCAACAACAACAACAACAACAACAAACGCAUGCAACUAGCAAUAGCAAUAGCGGCAAAAUAUCAUAUCGUGGCAUUUUCACCACUACAGGUAAUACAGCAAUGAGCGGCCUACAUUCCGCAGCCGCCGCAGCCGCUGCCGCUACCCAGCAACAGCAGCAGCAACAGCAACAACAACAGCAGCAGCAGCAUCAGCAAGCUGCGCAACAACAGAUUGGUUCGCCACAAUUGAGUGUGCUGCCUGGACAAAUGUCACCACCGUCCGCCGGUCUUGGCAAUAGUUGGGGUCUACCCAGCCCCGAUAAGACACUCUUCCAACCGCCCAUAUUCAGUUUACUUGGACCCGGUCCACAGAACACAGCGCAAGCGCAUUAUGCCGCCCAACAAAAUAUGGCGCAGCCAUCGUCCACUCCCUCACCCUCCCAUCACAUGCAUACCGCCGGCUACGAUGAUGGGCGCGCGGCUGCGCAACAUGUCGAGUUGCUCGGCCUUAACAUGGACUGCUCGCCGAUUAUAUUGAAACAGCCGCCACCAAGCUAUAGCAGCACCAGCAGCUUCACCAGCCUAGCUGACAUGCAACAAGCGCAAGCCAAUCAUGAGCUGCAACAAUACCGCCAACAAAUAUCUGUUGCCGCGACCAAGUACCAGUGGCUGGAUUCGCCGGCCGAAUACGGUGGCGCGCAACAGUCUUUGGUUGUGCCUGGGCCGUCAUCCGCUACCUCUUCCGCAGCCGCAGCGUCCGUAAUUGGUGGCAUAAUUCCAAAGCAAGAGGCCUACUCGGAUCCCACACCGCCGCACCAUAUGCAGCCGCCAUCAUCGCAAGGCAACCAAUCUGGCUACUCUGUUGUGCAGCUAGCUGAAUACAGUCCGUCGACGAGCAAAGGUCACGAAAUACUGUCACAAGUAUAUCAGCAAAGCACCAUGCCGCUCAAAUUGGUGCCUGUGAAGCCACGCAAAUAUCCGAAUCGGCCCAGCAAAACCCCUGUGCACGAACGCCCCUACGCCUGCCCCGUGGAGAAUUGCGAUCGGCGUUUUUCGCGUUCCGACGAACUUACCCGCCACAUACGCAUACAUACCGGUCAAAAACCCUUCCAGUGUCGCAUUUGCAUGCGCUCUUUCAGCCGCUCGGAUCACCUCACAACGCACAUACGCACGCACACAGGUGAAAAACCCUUCUCAUGCGACAUCUGUGGUCGUAAGUUUGCGCGCUCUGACGAAAAGAAACGCCACGCCAAAGUGCACCUCAAACAACGCAUUAAGAAAGAGUCCAAGCUGAGUCAACAACAACAGCAGCAGCAACAACAACAAGCGGCCGCCGCAGCAGCAGCAGCGGCUGCACAACAGCAACAGCAACAUCAUCAUCAUCACUCAGCCCAUCACAUGCUUCAUUCCGGCGAUUUGCCUAUUGUGACGAGUAGCGCCACUAGCUUGUAGGCCGAAACAAAUUCA